GUGGAACAUGAUAUGUAGGGAGAGAGAGAGCAGAAACUGACUGUAACACAGACAAUUAUUCGUUCAGAUAAGUGUGUGAAAUGGCAGAGGUGUGUUUCAAAGACCUUGAUCCAUUCAACUGUCCCAUCUGUCUGGAUGCACUCCAGGAUCCAGUGACGAUUCCCUGCGGACACAAUUACUGCAUGGGCUGUGUUAAAGACUAUUGGGAUAAAAAGGGUGGCAAAGAUGGUGGUUACAGUUGCCCUCAGUGCAGGAAGACCUUCUCACCUCGGCCAGUUCUCAACAAAAACACCAUGUUUGCUGAAGUGGUGGAGCGGUUUAAAAACACAGGACUUCAGGAUUCUCCUCCCACACAUUACAAUGGACCUGGACACACGGUGAGAGAAAUCUGCACUGCCAAAAAACUCAAACCUUUGAAGAUGUGUCCAGAAAGCGAGGAUUCAUCCUGUAAGAUUCACCUAAGAUAUCAUAACAAUGACUAUCCCAGAGAAAAGCGCACAGUGAUUGUUGUAAGUGGGGAAUCUAAAGGAAAUAUUUGCUCAAGGCACAACAAACCAUUGGGAGACCAACAGUUCAUCUGCCCCCUGUGUCUUGAUGAAGUCCAUCAAGGACAUAAAGUGUUUUCAGGGGCACCUGAGAAGACAAAAACGCUCAGGAGUAAAGAGAAAACAACUGGACAUGGUAGGAGACCAUCUCAUAAGAGGGUUCAUGGUACUGAGCAUAGACAUGGGCAUCGGAGUGGACAUACCCGAGGCUCACGUGUUAAAAGAGGCCAUGAAACACACAGUAGUGGACACAGAGGUAAUCGUAAUUCACAUGGGCACAGUCAUGGUGCUGGACACAGAAAGAAAAGAUUGGGAAUUAUGUUCAUGACAGAAACUGGCACUAAAAAGACCACUGUGGAAAACACUAGAGUGCUUUGAGGAGCCUUGAGUUUGACUACAGAGUUGUAGAUGCCAUGUUUUCUAGAGGAAUGUUGCUUUACUAGAUUCAGGCGUCGACUGAAAAUCUCAAGCAUCCCAUUUCUUUUUGAAUAACAGCUAUCCAUUUCUGGAAACAUUUAAUUAGUAUUAAUGAACAUGAUUUUUUGCUGAUAUUUUUUAACAAUUCAAUGUUGAGUGUUUUUAACAAGUUUAACAGCAAGAAAACUUGAAACACUUAAAACAACUUAGAUUACAUCUCAUUAAUCUUCAAGACUUCAUACUAGAUAAGUUUCCUGAAUGUCGUAUCAGAUUCUUUAUCAAGGAUAUAUAUAUAUAUAUAUAUAUAUAUAUAUAUAUAUAUAUACAAACAUUGCACUCACAUUAACAAUCAAUUUCUAGCCAAUGUUUCGACAUAUUAUAUGUAGUAAGGAAAUUCCCACUGCAUUUCCUAGCCUGAUUUUUUUAUUAUUAUUAUUUCCAGGUUAUC